UAUCAGCUAGCUCUUUAAAGUUAGCGACAUGGGAAGGUAUUGGGUUUUGAUGUAGAAAAACUGAAACAAUAUAUACUCUCUUCCUUAGUGGAACAAAAUGAUCGACCCAUGCCAUCAGACCGACUUGUUUACGAUGAAGAAGCUGACUGAUUCUGGUAGCUACAGUUUUAAGUAAAGGGGAAAUCUCACUGAGUCGUUUAUUAUAUUCAUCUGUGGGAUUUUGAAGACAGAAAAGUCUGGAGAAACGUCCGACCUGUUCACAGGAAAAAUAUCAAAAAAUCGUGAUGGUCAAGGACACAAGAUAUCAACACUACUGGCCUAAAAUCUCAUUCCUCCCGUCCGUAUCAGACGAGGUGAAUUUUAAAGGACCUCACAUUUGUAAUACAGAGUAAGAUUAUAUCUAAGUGUGUGGUAGAAUUGCGUGUCCAAUCUUUAAUUUUGAUAUAGAUGUCAAAUAAUUUAACCGUCAAUCUGCAGUAUCUCAUAAAUAUUCAUAGAUGUUUUUGUUGAAGUUAUUCAUAUGUAUACCUAUUAGCAGAGAUCCCCAAGCUUUGUGUACGUGUUGCGUACGAAGUUUCGGUCCUCAAAGGAAGUUUUAAACGAUGUGACAGAAAAAAAGCAUUUCUACUGCCACGGGGAGGAAUUCAUUAUUUAUAUUGAAAUAUACAAAUUACAGUCUGUGUAUUCAACAAGCCUGUGUAAGCAUCCAAAUUGUUAAACCUGAGUGAUGGAACGGGAAUAUCUUUGUACGUACGUAACUCGUCUACCUGGAGAAGUGCGAUAGAUAUAUUACAUUGUAUACGGGUAACGCCUAAUGCAUAAUCAAACUCUAGCCUGCCACAGAAAGGUUGCGUACCUCUAUCUUUUCACCUGUGUAUUGACAUCAAUAAGUGCGUGUGACGUCUGCAUCAGGAGAUGGAAUAAUAACUGUGUUUUUACCCACAGCCUAUGAAUACAUUACACAGCCGUAUCUGGAUAAACUCCACUUCAGAUCGCGGACUCUGAUUGUAAUGUAAAGGAGAAAUAAUGAUUUGUUUACACCUUAAAGAACCGGUUGACGUAUACAUUUUGCUGAGUGACAAAAGCAGAUCAACUUUGUCUUAAUAGAUAAUGUACAUUCAUGAUUCUGGCGUAUUGAAUUACGCAUGCAGUGUAUUGCCGUUCACAACAUUUCGUUCCGACAAUUUGGAAAAACUUUACAUGAGGGAAAUUGAGCUGUGGUGAUUUGGAGUUUACUGAUACUACUGUAGAUAUACAGAUGAAAGUGUUUUUAAUACGUAAAAGAAAGGCGAACGUGGAUUGUUAUUAACACUGAAGCGGAUCUGCUCCCGUUUCUUUAUAACCUCUAUUGCCUAUUCUGACUGGUGGUCGACUGUGGGACAAAAUAUACACAUUUGUUGGAGGGAUUGACUUUCACUCAGCAAGGUCUUACAAGUGUGUGUAUUCGGUGUGCAAGCACGAGGAAAACUCAGACUUAUAUGCUGACUGUUUCAUAUCAAAUACAUAUCAUCUCAAAUGCCAAAAGCUCAUAUGUGACUCGUCUUUGAAAAGAAAUGAAAAUCUCUUUAUGAAUCAAUUUUGUCUGUGAGAGUUUGAUAUUUGGUACGGAGACUGGCAAGGGCUGACAAGCUGACGAGGAACAAUUUACUCUGUUACCUGUAAUUGAUCGAGCUUUACCUGUGGUAAUUUGACAGGUGACAUUACUGUACGGUUGUUAAUACUGUAGUUAAUAAUUUUAUCGACUUUGGUGUCAUCACCUAUAUAUUACUUGUUUAGGACAUGUGACCUGGAAUUUAAGUGCAAAACUAAAAUUCGACAAAUUUCUAGAAACUGGUGAAUUUUAAAGUAUAGAUUUUCAAUAAAAUAUGCAGGUGACAGUUGUUCAGCAAUAUUGCCACUAAACAAAUUGUAAGAGAUCUUAGGAUCAAGAUGGUUUUCACACGGCUAGAGGAUGAACGGAAGAUAAUCGAGGAUGACCCGCAGCCCUCUGCCAGUAGAAAAUGGGAAUUCGGCAAGAGGAAGUUUAUACAUGUGGGCAUCAACAAACAGCCGAGCAGCCGCCUAAUCCGGUCAUCCCCGGAGCCUGCGGACCUCCCGUCCCCACCCCUCAGUCUACUGACCGAACCUACCAACCCGACGAGCUUCGGAGGAAACAUGAGGGCAGCUAACAAACAGUGGGUACAUCCCCCAGAAACUCUACUGAGGGGACACAUUGUCUACAAUGUCAAGUUUUUGGGCGAGAGCGAAGUGGAAAACCCCAAAGGAACAGAAGUUGUAAAAGAUGCCAUCAGGAAACGAAAGUUCAAUAAACACAUUAAAAAAGCCGAAGGCCAAAAACCGCCGAAAGUUGAGCUGACGAUAUCUGCAGACGGAGUGACGGUGCAGGAUCCCAAAACUAAGAUGAUCAUGCACCAGUACGCAUUACACAGGAUAUCGUACUGUGCCGACGAUAAAUCUGACAAGAGAAUGUUCACCUUUAUAGCCAAGACAGGCGACUCAAAUCAACACUUCUGCUACGUUUUUGAUAGCGAAAAAUGUGCUGAGGAGAUCACACUUACCAUUGGGCAAGCAUUUGACCUGGCUUACCGGAGAUUCCUGGAAACGUCAAGUCGAGAUUUUGACAUAAAGAAACAGUAUUUGAUGCUACAGAAAAAGGUCCAGACUCUGGAGAAGGAAAACCUGACGCUGAGAGUGAGAGUACGGGAACUUGAGAGGCAACAGACGUCAUCAGACAACGUCAGAAACCAACAGGAUUCUCCCACAAAUGGACACACCUCCCUAACGAUUGCAGAUGAAAAUGAUGUUCUUAAUACGUCGCUUGGCCAUUCUACAAUACUUACAUUAGCAAGCUCGCCACCAACAGACGAGAGUACCACUGACGAUCAGACUAAGUCGGAGUUACAGGCCGCGAAACAGCCAUCAGUCGGACGACGACUAGAAAAUCUAAUGUUUGAUGAAAACCAUACUAACAGCGAAAUUAAGACCAAUGGAACAAACGGCACAGCUUCCUCUGGUGGUCAAGGUUCUGGGAUACUGUCACCACCCCCACCUAGUUCAAGGUCAAGGACACACAGUCAGCCACAGCCCUUGCCACUGACUUCACCUACUCAACCGGCCAAUAGCCAAGCAGGUAGUGGUCAUGUGAUAUUCAAUACUAAAACGGAUGUAUUUGGUGCCACACCCUUUGGCGCCAAUCCAGUUGGAGGAGGUAAGCCGAAGGAAGAUCCAUUUGGCAUGCCUAGCUUUGACCCCAACAGUUCCGUUGAGAUUGACCAGGCCAUAAAGAGCAUGGACAAGUUCUUACUAGAUGUACAGGAAGGUUUCAGCCAAGGAUUGUCAAUUGGAUCAGAAGAUUUUUCCUUAGCAGAUCUGGACCCCCUUAGCCAGAAAUAAAUCUAUUAAGAUGGAUAACGACCUAGGAAUUGCCAUAUUGUGUUACUAAAGGUGACAACUUUACCCCUGGAAAUUCUAUUGGAUUGAACUUUGUUAAAAAAAUGUGUCUUCGUGAAAUAUCAAUUAUGACAUCCCAGAUGAUGAACAAAAUUGUACUGUAUACUCUUCACAAUAUCAAAGACGAAAUUGUGGUACUUUGCUGUGAUAGAGAGGCCAACAGAAGGGCUUUCUUGGGCGCGCGCUCAAGUUAAUAUGGAUUAUUGAAUUGGUAGUUUAUAACUGACAGUUAUAGAAUCCAUUCCUGAUGUUAGGUAUAGAUUAAUAGAAUCUAUCAUCCCCUUGGGGGUGAGAUUGGGGAAUCUCAACCUGAGGGGAAAGAUUCUUAAGUUGCU